AGAUUUGCCAAGCCACGUUUCGUCUCCAUUAUGAUUUUCAAUUGUUUUUUAUCGCGAGGCCCCGUCAUGACAGUUGUCGAUUGAAUCGCACAGAGCAAAUUGAGGUUAAAGGACAGUAACAAGACUGGCGUUUGUACUUAUGCAGCAUUGAAUAGAAUAGUAAUAAAAUGGGCACCGAACACAUAUCUCUGGAAGCAAUAAGUAUAUUGAGUAAAAUACCUAUUUACUCCGUACUUUUUACUGUAAUACCGUUGUUUAUUGGCUGGCAAUUUUUGAAGCGAAGAAUCACGCCGGAAAACGAAUCUUCUGAAUCAGAUUUUGACCAAAAACUCAAAGACUGGAGACCGGAUCAAUUGGUGCCAGAUAUUCCAGAUGAUCACCCAGCUUUGAAGCCAAUGACGGUCUCUUCUCGUAUAGGAAAAUAUAUUACUAUUGAUGGAAAUGAAUGUUUGAAUCUUGCGACUCACAAUUAUUUAGGAUUGGUGGGAUCGAAAGAUAUAGAAAACGAAGCUAUUCAAACUAUUAAGAAUUAUGGAGUAGGAUCAUGUGGGCCUCGAGGCUUUUAUGGUACAUUGGAUGUACAUUUGGAAUUAGAAAAACGUAUUGCUGAAUUUAUGGACAUGGAGGAAGCUGUAGUAUACUCAUAUGGUUUUAGUACAAUUUCUUCUGCAAUCGCUGCCUACUGCAAGCGCAAAGAUAUGGUUUUUGUCGAUGAAAAAGUUAACUUUUCUAUACAAAAAGGUCUUGAUGCUUCAAGAUCUAAUAUCAAAUACUUUAAGCAUAAUGACGUCAAGGAUCUUGAAAGAUUAUUGUUGCAAGAGAAAGGUCUUAAUAAAAAAAAUUCCAACAAUGUAGAAAAAACAAGAAAGUUUUUAAUAGUUGAAGGAAUCUACAUGAAUACAGGUAAAAUUUGCCCACUACCAGAAUUAGUUGCCCUCUGCAGAAAGUAUAAGCUUCGUAUUUUUGUGGAUGAAUCUAUUUCAUUUGGAACUUUGGGAGCUCAUGGAAAAGGAGUAACUGAACAUUUUAAUGUUCCUCGACAUGAAAUUGAUAUGAUCAUGGGAUCUUUGGAAUGGGCCAUGGGUUCUAUCGGUGGAUUUUGUGUGGGCUCAUCAUUUGUGAUUGAACAUCAUCGAUUGUCUGGCUUGGGUUACUGCUUUUCUGCAUCUUUACCUCCAUUACUUACUACAGUAGCCACUAAAGCAUUAGACAUUAUGGAAGAAGAUGAUGAGCUUUUCAAAACACUCAGGGAGAACUGUUCAACUGCUCACUGUGCUAUAAAGAAAAGCAAAUAUUUUGAAUGCUUUAGUGACAUGAAAUCUCCAGUGAAACACUUGGUACUUAAAAUGCUUUUCAAGCACAACGAAGGAGCCCUAUUACUAGGAGAAAUAUCAAAAAAAUGUAUUGAACAAAAAAUUGCAAUUAUCACUCCAGCAUAUUUGGACAGUGAGAGAGAGCAGCCAACGCCUUCUUUGAGACUUUGCAUUUCAUCUGUUUUGACUUCAUCUGAUAUUGAAAAAGCUUUAAAUAUUUUAGAAAAAGUAGCUUCAGAAGUUUUAAUGUAAAAAACAAAUAUAAAUAAGUAUUUUAUUUGUUAAUAAAUGUAAAAAAGGUAUAAAGCUUGUUAAAUCUAUUACCUACAUGUAUAACGAUUUUACUCUUUUUUAGGCAAAUUGUACUUUAAUUUCUCGAAUAAAUAAAACUUCCCACCGAAUCUAA